CCAGCGCUGCGGCGCACCAAGCCUCAUAGCACUUUGCUGUUUGAUAAGGCUACUUGGAAGAAGAGCGCAAACUACCGUUCUGACCUGCUAGAGGAUCUCAGCUUACUGAGGCUGGACUUUGGGACGGUUCAUGGAGAAAAGACUCUCGCUGUCUUUUUUGGAUUUGUAUUAUUUUUUUGUGAUAUUAUAUUUUUAAACACGCUUGGAAUACUUUGAUCUUCAUUGGAUACUUCUGGUUUUGUAAAGUCUUCUGUCUUAUUUAUUUGUUUAUCUUUCACGCUAUAAAAACACAAGAUCAUUUAUGUUUUUUUAGAUUAAAACCGUUUAUGAUCAGGAUGUCUGAAGUGGAUCUUAGACUCUAGAAGUGCGCGACUUUAUCUCGUUGUUGGGAGUUUUUAGCGCUUAGGGAGGUGGGAGGCCACCACCAACGUGGACAGAGAGCUCGCACGCGCGCAGUCCCGCAGCCUGAGCCGCCGCUGUCCUCCUCGCGCGCAGUGCUGAGCGGAGAACCUCACGCGCGCCUCCAUAAAUGCCCGGUCCGUCGAAGAGGCUCGAGGCUGGGCAGCAAGAUGAGCUCGUGGGUGCAUCUGCUGCUGCUCGCGCUGCUGGCCGCGUGGCUGCGUUCUGGUGUCGCCAGGGGGGACGCUUUGCCUGCAGCUCUGGUGGAGCUGGUUAGAAACAGCCCCAUCUCCUCCAUAGAAGACCUUCAGCUGCUGCUUCUCACUGACACCGUAGAUGAGCAGGAUGAGUCUGCUGCAGCCAAUGGAGGUCACAGACUGCCACGGAGCCUGGACGCUCAGCCAGCUCAGCAGGCCCUGUGCAAAGUUCGCACUGAGGUGGUGGAGGUCACCCGGGCGAUGCUGGACCGCAGCAACGCUAAUUUCCUUCUAUGGCCGCCAUGUGUGGAGGUGCAGCGCUGCUCUGGAUGCUGCAACACCAAGAGCUUGCAGUGUGUCCCUGUCGUCACACACACUAGAUACCUCCAGGUCUUGAAGAUUGAGUACAUCAACAAAAGGCCCACCUACGCCAAAGCGGUGGUGUCAGUCGUGGACCAUGUGGAAUGCAGAUGUCAGCUAGCUCCACGCCUCCCAGCAUCCAAGAAAAAAUCCUCUCGCAGGCAGCACAGCCACCUCCAUCGAAACCAGACAUUCAGCCAAUCACCUGUGCAGGAACAGGUGAAGCUGCACCCAAAAGAUGAGCUGCAUCAGUUGGAGGAGCUGAAGCAGAACCAGAGGGGCCAUCUGGAGGACCUGUUGGAGCAGCACUGGAGCUCCAGAGGAGACACCUUCAGGCAGCCGGGGGAAGGCUACAGCCUUGCCAAGGAGGACACAUCCCGUUCUGGGGAUGCUGUGUUCUUUGCUCCACACUGGGUUCAUAACUCCACCAGGCUUCUUGGAGCUGAAGAGCAAACAGAGAAACAGGAGGAUGCCGAGAGGAAGGAUGAGAAAGUCUCAGAGGACAAUAAAACUUUCUCCACAGGAGACAAUGUUGGUCUGGAGGCUACAAGAGAGCUGGAAGACUAUGUGAAUGGGCUGGAAAAGACGAAAGGGAAAGACAAUACAGAAAGCACACACAUACAAACACACAUCCAGCAAACAAAAGAUGACAAAUCCAUGUUUUUGAAGAGUCACACAAGAGGACUUUAUCAGCAGGUUACUGAAAACCCUCGAGAGGAUGCCCUGAUUGAGAGACUCGGAAGCAGAUUCCAACCCACUAAAGAACCAAAUCCAGAACCUAGAAGGAGAGAAAACGAGACUCCCGAGGUGGAGAGGAUUUUACAGAUGGAGGAGGAAAAAUUAGAGGCUGAGAGAAAGGAGCUUCUUCUUCUUCACAAGAGGUUGGACCAAGAGAAGGAGGUUCUGCGACAGCAGCAAAACAGAAGAGAGGAGGAGGAGCGGCUGAGAGAGGAAGAGGCAGAAGACGGCCAACACCAUUCUGUGCAAACAGUUACACAGAAACCAGAGAUAUUAACCACCACCACUCGGAAACCAUCGGCUCCAACAGUGCCCAGACUUCUGCUUCGCCCAAACCACAUAAAGAAAAGGAUGAAGAAGAACCGCAAACGGAUCAGCAAGGCAGCUAUGAGAGCGAUGCUCAUGUAGAACUGAAAGGAUCUGGGGAGAAACAGCAAUCAAGGGGAUUUUGAGGAUGGUCCCUUUUGUUCACAUAUUUAUUCAUUCGUCGUUUAACCAGCUCUUCCUGUGAGAUCUCCCCAGUAACACUACUAAUGACUGAUGCCGAACCUGUAACUAUUCCUGGAUGGAGUUCAGAAGAGUGAGUGAAAAAAAAGGAUAGAAACAAGGGAUUUUCUCAGGACAAUACUUGCCAUGACGACAGAUGGAAGGAUAAAGCACCAAAGGAGACUAAAAGACUGAAUAAUUGCAUGAGAAGAAGCCCAGCUGUACAACUGUGGAAAAUAGUGCAAUUUCAGAACCCUUGUUUAGAUAUCAGCAGAAAGAAGCUGCACUUAAAUGUUAAUGUGUUCAUGUCGAGUCGGAAAUUGAAAGUUUAUCAUCUUAAACUGAAAUAAAACUAAAUUUGGAAGGGAAAAAGGAUCAAACUGAGACAUAGAUGUUGGUUUGUAAUUGGAUAACCAUCAAGAUAACCAAAAAACUAACAACAGAAAUGCUAUGUGUGAUAUCAGUCAUUAGCAUAUUAAUGAGAUGGUCUGUCUUUAACCAAAUGCUUUGUUGUAUGUAACACUGGAACAAAAAAUGUGGUGAGGGGAGUCAAAAACAUCAUUUUGCAUCAAAAUCAGUCAGACUGUGUGCUUCUAUCCUUAUUUAUUUAUCUUUACUGUCAAAGUGGGAAUAAUGUUCCAAACAAAUACUGCAGGAGCAGUGUUGCUCUGAUAAAAGCUACAACUCUGCUCUGUCCUGGUUGUUUUUACAGAAAUAAAUAUGCAAAAUUCUUCAUGUCCCU